AUGGCCCAGGAUGUGGGCGAAGUUCGAGUCCAGCCUCCCAACGCCAGCCUACACCCUGACGAUGCCUUGACAGAGAAAUCGUCAGUCGCAGAAUGGUCUUCAUCGCCUCUGAAGCAUUCUCCCGGCGGACACAUUAGCGAUAACCCUCCCAUGGAAGCCUCGCGCGCAGAGUCGACGGACCAAACAGCGGGAUUGCCGCAAAUAACGGGGGACGAGGUGGCGGAAAAUGCUGGACCCAGUCAAGCAUGGGGUCGCAAACUGCGGACAUUGCCGGCCUGGAUUCGAUCUUUGGAAUACCCAGUUGAUGAUAUUGAAGCCACCGCCACUUCUCGACUCCUGCCGUCGCAGCCGAACGAGGCCGUAGUCGCGCAGCAUAACCACUCACCAUAUUCGACGUCGAAACCGGGUUUAGGUGCAGAUCGUGGGCAUAGUAUGGAUGGAGAGCCGGCGCGCGAAUCACGGUGGAAGAGUUUUUCCAAGACUAUAGCCUACCCUCGAGAACCGGGCUUAGAGGAGAAGCUUGUAACGCCAGAAUGGCUGCACGAAAACCAUGGCAAUUAUGCAUUGCCGUGGCGGGGCCAGCUUGAGCCCGACGAAGACACAGAAGAUCCGCUUAAGAAGAAGCGGCGACGCGAAAUGUGGUUCAAACGCUUUCACAAUACCCUUCUGCAAAGCCCGAUUGUACCAUUGGUCAUUCGGUUGACGGUGUGGUCUUUUUCUUUAACAGCUCUGGCGCUUGGAGGCUCUAUUCAGCGACUUUCGAGCGACUUUCCACGUCCUCAAGGGCCCUCGGCCUUGAUGGCAAUUAUUGUCGACGCUGUUGCGUUGGUUUACCUUGUCUACAUCACCUGGGAUGAGUACACAGCCAAACCGCUGGGACUCCGCUCCCCCGCUGCUAAAGCACGACUCAUUCUUUUAGAUAUUUUCUUUAUUGUUUUCGAUUCGGCCAAUCUCAGUCUGGCUUUCGAGUCCUUAUCAAGUGCAGAAGGCGCUUGCACUUACGCGGAAAUAAACCAGACUUUGGUCCCAAAAAACGACAAUAUUUGCAGGCGUCAGGUAGCUUUAGCCUCUGUUCUACUAAUUGCGCUCAUAGCCUGGCUUGUCACCUUCUCGAUCAGUGUUCUCAGGUAA